ACCACGCCUCUUCAGUCACUCACACAUCGACAUGGCGGCGCACGGAACGAUGAGUCGAAGCAGGAGGCACAUUUGUGCUCUUUCUUGGCUAAUUUUCGUCCAGCUAUUUGCCUCACAGUGCCUGUCACUUCCGAUAAAAGGCUCGACAUCAGUGUCUGCAAACACUAAUCAGGAGGAUGAAACUCUUUCUUUGACAACUAUAAAAAAGGACGACCCAAAGCCUUCGACCCCUGAUCAGAAUCCAGCAACUUCAACGGGUCCCAUGAAUUCAGAAACUACAGCAGCUCCAAAAGAUCCAGCCCCCGCUACAGAUCUCAAUAAUUCAGAAACUCCAACGGUUCCCAAGAUUCCAGAUAUUUCGACAGGUUCCAAGAACCCUGUAUCACCUGCUGGCAACAACUCCACAACAACAGCAACAAUAAAGGCUUCUGCUGACAUCACAUUGACGACAGCCAUUCAAUCAAAAACAUCUAAAGGGAGCCAGGGAGCGCAUCCAGUAACCAUCAUUUCUGAUUCUGAUCAGGAGCAAGCAAUGAGCAAUGCUAGCAAUGCAAAUACAACACCAGUAAAGGAUAAUGUAAACUCAGCAAAAGUCAAGGCAACAGAUAAAACUGAAGUUGCUGAAGUAGCCUCAACUCAAGCGGCUCCAGCCACUUCCACCAAAGCCCCUGAACCAACUGAACUUGGGAUAGAUGAGCUGGAUGUACCUGACUCUCACUCCAAACUCUCUGAUGCUCUGAAUCAGCCCACAAUGCAGGACCCAGCCCUGCUGGAGCCCACCGAUAAUGGACCACGGCGUUACACAGAUGAUGACGAUGAUGAAGACCCUAACUACGGAGAUGGUGACGAUGGAGACAACAUGUAUGACAAUAACAUCAGCUUCAAGGGCCAGAAUGAGAAUAGCCUGCAGCCACCAAAGGGGAUUCUUGAAACACACUUAAAUGAAUCUGACGGCUACAACACAGAGGAUACAGACUCCCACUUCUUCUUUCAUCUGGUCAUCUUGGCUUUCUUGGUGGCGAUUGUUUACAUCACCUAUCAUAACAAGAGGAAGAUCUUCCUCCUGGCUCAAAGCCGGCGCUGGAAGGACGGGCUGUGUUCACGAAACACUGUGGAGUAUCACCGCCUGGACCAGAAUGUCAACGAGGCCAUGCCGUCCCUCAAGAUGACCCGAGACUACAUCUUUUGAUCCACGUUCAGAAGAAAAACAUGUCCAGACCUGAGGAGAGCUAGAUGGCCUUACUGACUUGCAGGUCGCCUUGUAGGGAUGCUGUGCUUGGAGCAUGGUUGAUGCUUUUCUUGCUUUAUGGUCUACCAGAGAUUUUAACUGUUUGUCUGUCUUUCUUAUUUGUUAUAAGUUUUAUUUUUAAUUUGAUAUUUUUCUAGAUGAAUAACUUCUUGGAAUUUAUAACUUAUGCUCUAUUGGUGUGUUUUUUUCUUUUUCAAAUUUCAGCCUUAAGUUCCACUGACGCCUUUGUUAUGUUUUUCCUCUUGGUCUUUACAUGUCAAAUACUAUAAGAAUAGAAAAUGAGUUUAUAUAACAAUGGUGAUAUUAUAAUGCUUUUUUUUUUUUUUUAUUAGUUUCUGUCUCCAGCAGUUUUCCAAGAUUUGAAUCACACUACAAUCAUUUGCUUAUAAAGCACUUGUUGGUUUAUGAAUAUUUCUUUAAAGGUUAGAGAAUGAGAAAGCUCAUACAUAUGUUCAGUCCUUCUGGAAGCUGUGAAUAAAGGGGCUGGUCAUAAAACAUAGAACUGUACCAUUACAACAUUGAAAAUUUGGGAAAACAGUUUGGAUAGAUAAAGUAGAAGUGUUCCCUUAUUGUUUCAUAUCUCAAAAAUCAGACAUCAGAAUCAUUUUUCUCUAAAAUUUUGAAAUUUGAUUUCAAUUUUUCUAAAGGAUUUGAUAUCCUUUUAUCAUGUCUGGAAAUGAAGUCAAGAAGGAUGAAGGGUCAGCAUUUUUCUUCAGAGACAACCCUAGGGAGAUAUUGUCUGCCUUUUUUUUUUCUUCUUUUUUUUUUUUUGACUUUGUGGUCCUGUACCUUUUCUUCUGUCCAGAUUUUGCCAUGCGGAAAUCUUUGGGCGGGCCCCCUUUGUUUUAUGACUUCGGUGAAGUCUCUGUCAAUCAUUUGAAGUUGUCAUUGUGGCACAAUUUGACAUUAUUUAACAUUUGAAUUACUAUAACCGUCUGUCAGGGAACAGUCUGGUGAACUGGUAUCUCUGUUCAUGAAAGGUUUUGCAUGCUCUGUGUGGCCUAAUGUUCAAAGGAGCACCAAAAAAAAAAAAAA